AGUUUUACUGAAGAAAACGCCGCACUUGAGGAAUGGGGAAUCGUAAAAGCCUUAAACAAAGAAAAAGUUGUUCUUAUUUAGUUCCAAACCCGCAUUUAAGAUAUUUGAAUUUGAAGAACAGCAAUAAAAUUCAAUCGUUGCCAAUUUUAAAAAAUGGGUCAAGAUUUCAAGACUUAAAAAGUUCUAAAACUGUUAACAAAACUGACAGAGUUGUUUUAAGUAACACCUAUGCAUUUGAUGCAUUAUCUUCUAUACUCAUGGUAUCAUAUUGUGAUAGUCAAGUGUAUUCAAAGUUAAUGGAUUCAUUCAAUGAUGAUAAGUAUUUCAAUUUAAUUUCAAGUUUAGUGAAAAAUGGAAUUACAUCCUCAACUUACACCAAAAGACUUGAAGUUAUAAAGCACUAUUUAAAACCAGAAUUACAGCUGUUGCAAUAUAACAUCACAUUUGCUAAAUGUAAUGCUACCAUGGGACAUAUUGUGAAAGCUUUGCUAAAAAAUUACCCAACAAUUGAAGAAUUUUCAAAACGUUCUUCCAACAUUUGCAUAAAAACAUCCAAGUGGCAAGUGAUGUAUUUAACGUAUCAGACUGGAAAUAGUGGAAAUUUAAGUGGCUUACAGCAUUUCUUCAAAGAAUGCACUGGUGUGGAGUAUUUGGAAUGCAGUGAGAAUUGUGAUGGUAUGAAAACUGUACAUUCAAAAAUAUCAACCCACCAUUUAUUUAUUGAUGUUUUGCAAUGGGAAGGUAAUGAUCUAACUUCAUCCAUGUGUAGUACUGAAGCAGCUAGCAUGGUUUAAGUAAAGCUGAGUGACAUUCCACAGAUACUUGUGUAUGAAAGCAUCACAUUUGAACUUUGUGGUGCCAUACAUUUCUAUAAAGGAAAAAGUGGAUUGAGAAAUUCGAUAGGCCAUUAUACAGCUUAUGCUAAAAGAGGUACGCAUAACUGGGAAUUGUACGACAAUCUCAAAAAAAGGCCAAUUCCAGUAAAGGAAAACAGUUUAAUAUUAUGUGAAUUUUUAAUUUACACAAUUUAAAUUAAAAUAUUUUUAA